AUGACAAAAGAUUUUAAUAUCAUCGUUUGUGGUUCACCGCGCGUUGGUAAGAGUACUCUUAUUAAUGCUUUGUGCGGUAAAGAAGUAGCUAAAACAAGUAACAGCUUAAAGUCAUGCACGGAUAAACUUGAGAAAUAUGUACACAAAGGAGAACAACCAGCGAAUGAUGGAGUUUCGCCGCCAAUUCAAUAUUCCAUUACCUUUUGGGACACACCCGGUAUUGAAUCAUGGUCUGAAAAUGAUGUUCGACAACAUUUUACCAAUAUUAUGCAUGAAAGUAAUCCAAUUUGCAUGAUCUAUUGUGCGUCGCCUGGUUCAUUUCUUCUACUAGAACAAUUAAAAUGGCUUGUUGAUACAUGUAUUCAAUCCAAGAUUUUCUGUGCACUUGUCUGUACCAACAAAUAUUCUGGAGGUUCUCAGAAACGUGCACAAGUUAUGGAAGAUUUUCAAUCGCUCUUCAACGAACGUUAUGUUAUGAUAAAAGAUGAAUCAAAUGUCAAGUAUUUUACUGAUGUAGCUUUAUGUACAGCAGUAAAUAGUAUUGUGUAUGAAGAUCAAGAAUUGGAUAUCAGGAAAGAUAUUGAAGGUAUUAAUGAGCUUAUUUUUGGCAUGAUGACUUCGUUGAAAGACAACAAACUUGUUGGAUGGUGUUAUACUGUCGCUGAAAAUGAUACUUUUUGGACGACUAUGAAGGUAAAACUGGAAGAAUUCUUUCGAGAAUAUCGACCGGCUAUGAAGUUUUGUAUCCAACAAGUUGGUAAGAUAAUUGCAACAACUUUAAUUGAGUUCAUUUUGAACAAAAACUCUUAA